AUGGGGAAUUCUGAGAUUACUUUUGGGCAGUCAUCUAGUAGCCCAUUUGGGUCCCAAUCAGUCUUUGGGCAGACCAACAAUGCAAGUAACAAUCCUUUCGCUCCCAAACCAUUCGGUACCACAACCCCUUUUGGUUCGACAACAAGUUCAGUGUUUGGAGGUACUUCAACCGGUGUAUUUGGUGCUGCCCAGUCAUCUUCACCUUUCUCGUCCACAACAACCUUUGGUGCAUCGUCAUCACCAGCCUUUGGAAAUGCAAUGCCUGCUUUUGGAGCAUCUUCCACUCCUGCUUUUGGUGGUUCAUCAUCAGCAUUUGGUGGUUCUUCUGUUUUCGGUGCAAAGCCUGCUUUCGGCUUUGGGUCCACUCCUACUCAAACAAGUCCUUUUGGAGGCACGACUCAGCAAUCACAGCCUGCAUUUGGGAGCAGUUUAUUUGGUUCCUCCACACCUUUUGGUGCAUCAAGUCAGUCAGCAUUUGGUGCUACUAGCACUCCCGCUUUUGGUUCGACAAGCACCCCUGCAUUUGGGGCUGCAAGUACCCCUGCCUUUGGUGCUGCUAGUACCCCUGCUUUUGGUGCUACAAGCACUCCAGCCUUUGGUGCUACAAGUUCUCCGGCCUUUGGUGCUACCAGCACUCCAGCCUUUGGUAGCACAGGGACUUCAUUUGGUGUAUCAACUUUUGGUUCUGGGGGAGCAUUUGGGGCUUCAAGCACCCUUCUCUUUGGAUCAUCAAGCAACCCUGCAUUUGGAGCCUCUAGCACUCCCGCUUUUGGGGCUUCAAGCACUCCUACUUUUGGGCCCUCUAGUGCUGCUGCUUUUGGGGCUUCAAGUGCUCCUGCCUUUGGCGCUUCAAGUACUCCCGCCUUCGGGGCAUCUAGUACUGCAUCUUUCAGUUUUGGGUCAUCUCCUUCUUUUGGCCAGUCAACUUCUGCAGUUGGUAGCAGCCCAUUUGGAACCAGUACAUCUCCCUUUGGAGCACAGAGAUCCCAAGCUACAACACCAACAUUUGGUAGCACCCCUUUUGGGCAGUCAAAUUUUGAGGGCCAACGUGGUGGAAGUAGAAUGGCUGGUUACACACGUACAACUGAAGUAGACACUGGCAGCUGUACGCAGCCUGUUGGAAUGUUGGAGUCAAUAUCUGCCAUGCCUGUCUAUAAAGAUAAAAAUCAUGAGGAGCUGAGAUGGGAGGAUAAUCAGUUGGGAGGUAAAGGUGGACCACUUCCUGUUGGUCAGUCUGCUGGGGGAAUUGGCUUUGGUGUAUCAGCUGCUCCAUCAAGCCCUUUCGCUCCUUCAUCAGUAUUUGGGGCAUCAUCAGCUAGUCCUUUUUCCAACACUACAUCUUCAAAUCUAUUUGCUCCCAAAACUUCAACUUUUACUGGAUCAAGUUUUGGAACCACCAUUUCAGCUGCUUUUGGUACCUCACCUUUUGGUGUAUCGUCUACACCUAAUCCUUUUGGAUCAACUUCAUCUGCAGCUCCUUCCAUAUUUGGGCAUGGGCCAACAUCAACUUCUGCAUUGGGUGCCAAUUCACCUCUAUCUACUUUUGGUUCGUCAUCAUCCCUCUUCAAUAAAAGCAGCUCAGGUGCAAUGUCAUCAUUUGGCUUUGGCAUGAAUUUUUGUAAUCAGUCAUCUCCAUUGUUCAGUUCCGCGGCCCCAGGACAGACAGGUUCUGGUUUUGGACUGGCCACCUCUUCAUUUGAAAAUAGUACUAUGUCUUCGUUGGGUACUUCAAAUUUGUUUAGCACACCUUCCACUGGUUUUUGUGGCAUGUUCUUGAGCACUCCAUCACUAGCUUCUUCUAGCACACAAUUGUUCGGUCAACCAACUAGAGUUUUAGAGCUUAUUGCUGUUAAGGCCAUUACUGGAAAUUUGUACUGUGCUGCUUUGCCCUCUGUUUCUAUGCCAUUCCAACUGUGUCAACCUGCUCAGAGUGGCGGUGCUUUUGGAUUUAGCAACUGGCUCAGACACAAGCAGGUAGACCCCUUCCUGCUGUCAAAUUUUGGGGGCCAAGGUGGUGGAAGUAGAGUGGCUGCUUACACACCUACAACUGAAGCAGAUACUGGCAGUGGUAGAGCACUUCAUGCUGGUCAGUCUGCUGGGGGAUAUCAGCUUUCUCUAAACUUAGAAUGA